AUGUCUUCCAACACCAUGUCCCCCACCGUAGUUUCUGAUGUUGUUCAGGAAAGCUUUAAUGUAGAAACUAAGGAUCUUGGUGUAGGUUCUGUCCAAGAUGUUCAAGUGGCCGAAGGUGUUAAGGAAUCCGGGACCGUUUAUCACAAGGCUUCCGAUUCUGUUCUUCCCAGCUUGGCAUCUUUGGAGACUCAGCCUACACUUCAAUACAGUUCUACUCUUCCACACACUCAGUCGAUAGAUUAUCCUUAUGACUUGGAUAAGAAAACGACAUACAGUCCCCUAUAUACCGUGCCUUAUCCUUAUGAGAACGACCAGUAUUCUCAUUCAACAGUCGACUCUGCCAGCCUUGUUCAGGCACCUCAACUGGAUUCACAGCAGUCACAGAACUUAGGUUUGGUGAAUCCUGUUCAGGAAGACCCUGAAAAGUUUCAACCUGACCUUCAAGAAGCUAAAUUGAACGCACAGGUUGACUCAGUGUCCAACUACCUGACCCCUGUUUACUGCCCGGACGCACUCGUAAAGCCUCAAAACAAAGUUGUCGCUGUCAACCCCGUCAUUUUGGUAGACAAGGUUGAGCGAUCCCUUAUAGUCCAGUGGUACGAAAACUCAGUGAAACGCGAGCAGCGUAUUUCGUACAAGAAAUAUGGAAACGCAAAGGCGCAACAGAGAGCCGAGGGUCUGAUAAGUAAGCUGUUGGCGGGAUCAACAUUCGAUCAACUGUACCCAGAGAAGGGUCCGCCAAUCCUAACCAUAUUUGAAAACGUGGGCAAGUACAUGGUAUCUCUGACCAGAGAUAGGAUCAUAAGGGAAUGGAGAGUCGACUGGCUGAACAACAACGGCUCAAAGAUGCGAGCAAGGUGGUCAUGUAAAAAAGUAGGUAAUGAAGAGGCGAGAAAGAGAGCCGAGGCGUUCGCAUAUAGCUUAAUCCAGGGCACGUUUAACCCUCGUCUAUUACACAAAGCAACGGGAACGAGGUUGUCAAAAAAUGACAUGAAAUACAACGCAGUCGUAUCAGGCUUGGAUUCCCAGAUCGAGUCCAAAGCAAUAAACCAACUAAAUGAAUCAAACUGGCAAGGGGUCGAGUUGCCGUCAAAGAGGAGAGCGAAGAAGAGGUCAGUCAAGGGAACAGAUCAGAAGAAAGGGAAGACGAGGAAGAGAAGCUUGAGCGCCUACACAGACUUGAACUCCACCGGAUCGUUGAGCACGAACCUCAUGAGCUCCACGUCCUUGUCUGGAAGUUCGCUGGGCUCCACAGCAAUGACCUCAGCUCUCGGGAACCCACUCGGCACUAACCCGUCGGGAACAGGCGACAUCUCGCAGUACCUAAAGUCGCACUGCUACCCUUACAUGAACAUGGUUCAGGACCCCUCGAUCUUGGCAGGCUCCACAAGUUACUACCCGAUGUUCCAGGAGGAAUGCGAAUCUUCAUCUUCAUUGAAUCAGCAGAUGGACCCGACCGGAGCCUACUCGACCCCGAUGCUCCAUCCAGCCUGGCUGGACUGGGGCAGCGGCUCGGGUAUGCAAAAGAUGAUGCCUUAUGGCCAAGAAUGGGACUACUCGACGAACGCUCAAUUGGUCGACUACCCCUACUUUCCUCAGCAGGGGAACGCAACCAUGACAGGAACCGGCUCGACAGUCGCCCCGAACCUAGCCUGGGAUCCAAUGAGCAACUACACGAACAUGUACAUUCACCAAAACGAGCUUCCCACUGGACGAGAAUUCGAUGAGGCUCCGGAUGCGAGGUUGGCAAACCAAUACUACGGUUACUACGGGGCCGACCAGCAGUACGGGUUCCAGGACAACAUGUUGAGUCAGGACCAGCUGCUGAUGAGCGGAUACUACAACUACCCGAACACCAUGAUGGACGCAGGCGCACAGUGGUCUGACGACAAGUCGUUCAACAAAUUCGGCAAGGAAUAUUCUGCGGACUACACGAACGAAUACUCGGACGAGGUCAAGCAAGAGGAGCUUCAUUCAGACAAGGACCUCUCGCAAAUCACCACCCUGGCCAACUACAAGAACUUAACGGGCGCCGCCUUGGGCUCAGGGGAGCUUCCGCCGCAGAACCUGUCAGUAUCGACACGGCUGUACACCAACGACCACUACGGCUACAUCAACUCUGACCUCGGCGACGUCAAGCACGAGGACCAGCCCCUAAAUUGCUUUUCUACUGAACUCGAGGACCCACUCAUGCAGAGCCAGUCCUUGUCCACUCAGCUCACCCAGCCUCUGAACGUGAACAGUGUUGAAUAUCCGAUGUACCAGAAGGACAAGUUCGGGGAGAGCUACGACAACGUGACUUACAGGGAAGUGGGCGAGGGAGUUAAGUAUUAUAACAUGUAA